AUAUUUUUGUUGGGUAAAACUCACAUCACUAAUUCACUGCUCUGCGUGUUGUUGCUUGGUUAUAAGCGAUAAGCUGCAUCAAUCCAGUGAAGCUGCAUCGAAACCAGCGUUUGUGAGAAAAUUCGAUUUUGUUGCGAAACGAGAAAUAAAGUGAAAUUAUGCAUGUGUAGCUAAAGUCGGAAGGAAAGGCAUUGCUGGUCAAUUGUGGCUGUAGCCAGGUCGCCAGGAGCAGGCAUUGGCGCAGCUGCUGAGCAGCCACUGUUGCUGGAAUCGCCAGAUCCAGGCGGGCCCGCGGAGUCUCACGUAAACAAACACCGGCGUGUGUACAGUCCCACCCAUUAGUGUAUUGCCACGAUGUCGGCUAUGUCGGUCUACCUGAAGGUGACUCGCCUGUCCCUUCGCUCUGCCUCGAAUCUCUCAAAGCGGCGCGUCGACGAACUCAACUCCGGGAUCGGCGAACUGCGUCGCCUGUUGUCCUGCGUGGUAUGCUGCCAACUGCUCAUGGAUCCGUACUCCCCCAAGGGCAAGCGGUGUCAGCACAAUGUCUGCCGGCUGUGCCUGCGUGGCCGAAAGCGACUGUUUCCCACGUGUCCUCAGUGCGAGGAGUGCUCCGACUUCAAAACCUACGAGGAAAACAGGGCGAUGGGCAUCCAACUACUCUGCUACAAGACUCUCUGCGUCCACCUGCUGCAGUCAUCUCUGUUUGCUCAACUAGCCGGCUUGCUCCCGGAGGCCCGUCAGGGUGAUCCCUUCCUGCAGCAUAUUCCGCGUCUCAAGCUACCGCCAAGCAGCACCCAGGACUUUAUCCGGGAGGGGGCCAACUACGACGACAUGCGGGACACUUUCCUCCCACAGCCAGAUCUGCCGUUCCUUAAGGGCAUGCCCUCGUCCCUGCCGGCAGAAACGCCACCGACUACGGCGGCCACCACCCCGGAACUGCCCUACGAACAGCAUCUGCCCGAGGAGCACCAGCUGUCCCUCAGUGACAUCGAGCUGGAGGCCGCUGCCACCGGGGAGCAUAGUCAGUUCUCCCCGCUCCAAAUAAUGCCCACGGCCCAGAUAAUACUGACCAGCGCGGCCGAGCACGCCUGGACGGAGCAGGUCGAUCUCUCGCAAGCCGUUUCGAUGGCCAGCUUCCCCAGCAGCAGCAGCAGCAACUUCGCCGUGUCCUAUGUUAUGCCCACGGGGGCAUCCACUCCUUUCGAGGCCCAGGAUCUGCAAAUUGGCCAGGUGGUGCAAAUAGAGCAGAUGCAGACGGAGGAAGUGCCCGAUUUGGAGCAGGGGGCGGUCGAAUUUUCAGAGUCAGUGGAGAUAACCAGGUACAAGAGGACCUUCUCCCAGAUGGCGGAAGGCGAUAGGCUGGAGGAGAAGCCCGAUACAAUGGUGGAGAUAAAAACGGAUGUAAUUGUGGAGACUACGGAGAACCACGUGGUGGCCAGCGUGGAGGAGAUCCAAGAAACGGUCCGCGAGUCAAAGAAAAUAAAACAGGACGUCGAAGUCGUCAAAGAUGAACUCAAGGAGGAGUCCCAUGUCGAUGUGCCCGUCACAAGGAAGCGAGUCCGCAGCCCAGUUCAGUCGCCUCCGGCCCAAGUGACCAAGCCAGUGGUGGUGCCAGACCCUGACCCGCCGGCCACCCUCCCUGAGGCACGCAGUGAUCGUCGCAAGCGUCGCGGAGACGGGCGCAAGGAGGAGAAGAGCUUGUGCCGCUGCGGCAUAUCGAAUUCUAAGAAGCCGCUCAUGACGUGUCGCAACAACCGCUGUCCGUGCUACAAGGCCGGCAACUCCUGCGCCAACUGCCACUGCGUCGCCUGCAAGAAUCCCCACAAGGUCGAUUUCAUCGAUAGCGAUGAUGGGGAGGAGGAAGACGACGCCCUGGUAACUGGACAGGAGCCGAAGCAGGCGCAGCCGCAGGAACCGGAAAGAGGUGAUGUGAAGGAAGGUCCUGAACCAGAAGCACCGGCAAAGCCGUCGGAAGAAGCUGGAGAAUCAGCUGCGGGUGGGUCUAACGAAAGCUUGACAUUUGUGCCUCUUAGCAAUCUUCAGCAGUCGCAACAUCCUCUGGUGCUGGUCCAAAACAAGAAGGGAGAGUUUCAGGGAUUCAACAUUCUCAGGAACAACGUUCCUUUGCACCCUGCCACGCUCGGCUGGCCAUGUAUCCAGCUGCAGAACAACGAUGGCAACAGUUCUAUUCCUCAGUUUGCAUACUUGUAUCCAGCGCCACCGUCAUCCCCAGAGCCAUCACCGCCAUCGCCACCACCGCCACCGGCACCGGCACCUGCUCCUCCAGCUCCACCCGUAGCACCGCCACCGGCGACGAAAAGAGAUGUUGUGGAACCGCCGGCCAAGAAAUUCCGGACCACCGCCCGAACGAGACGGGGCAGAGCCAACUUCGGAGCCCUUGAAACGGUCGACGAGCUUGUCAGUGGCGGCUCCAUAAAGAAUCCUGCCGCUGGCGACAGACAGUCGGCCACUGACAACGCGCACUCGCUGUUCGAGGAAAUAAUGUCUGGCUCCGACGAUUUGUAAGCUAGGCGACUCAUCCAUACAAGUUCUUUUUCAUUUCUUCCAGUUUUUCAGUUUUUUUUUUGUAUUUUUUUUUAUUAUUUUAUUUAUUUUGUGAUGUUGUACCCCUUGAGGGGUAGCUUUGGAGCUUGUAUCUUAUGAAUUUGUAUCUCAAAGAGGGAUAACUCCCCUAAUAUUCUAUCCAAUAUUUGGAUGCAUCUUCAUAUUAUGCCAAAGUAUUAUCACACUGGAUAUUAUCCUUAUUUUUUCUGUAUUUUUCUUUGGCCGUAAAGUUUGUAGUUUCUUUGUUUCGAACACUUCUCAAGCAACAAUUAUUUAAUGUCUUUUAGGAGCAUUCUUCAACCAGAUGAUUUCCUUGACUUUUAUUGAACUCCACGCAAACGAUUUGCGAAAAACUAUAUUUUUUUUCUUCUAUUUAAUAAGAAGUUAGUCAUAGAGAGUAGGGACGUGGUGAAGCAAUUUCUGCAGCUGCCGAUUAAUCAAAAUUAAUGGCCAAGCAAUAGUCAUAUCUUAAAUGUUCUUUUUCGUUUAACUAACAACGAAAUGUUAAAUGAAAUGCUUUGCUAAAUAUGCGGUUGCUGUGAGCCUAAAAACCUUUUUUUUUCAUAGGUUAAGAACCCUUUUUUUUCGUAGGCUAAGAAACAUUUUUUUUGAAUAGAUUAAGGAACUUUUUUUGAGCAUGAAUUUUUUUGAGCACGUGAAACUUUUUUUAAUAAUAAAAAUAUAAAAAAAUAUAUAAAAGAAGGAAACCCCAAGCCAUAUGAUAAACAAUGUAUAUUAAAAAAAAAUAUAAACAUACAUUAAAAAAACUAAA